AUGCAGGAACGGUUGAAACACGCAAAGUAUGUGGCUGUUUUGGAAGAGCAGAACUCGACACUUCGUGCACAGGUAGCUCAGCUGCAAGCGGGCCAAGCUUCAUGUUUGUUGUCGUCCGAAAAUCCUUCCAGUGCUUUGUCGUUGGCGAACACGACGAAAGCUCCAAGCUUGCCUUCUCAUCAAGACAAUGUUUCAGUCGGGGAGCAAAGAAAUACGACUCGUACAGAGCUCCCGUUGUCUUCUUCGGCUAUUAAUGAUAUUGCCACACUAGUGUGGAGACUUGACCUUGGGGAUAAAGGAGAGCCUAUGUUCAGUGGACCAUCUGGUAAUUUCUGCAUUCCUUCCUCGGCUGAUGCAGUUGUAGCCCGAUCUGAAGCGCGUAAAAGGUCACAGGUAUUCAACAACAUGAUGCCCAUCCACGACGCCUGUUACAAUCUGAGCUUGAAAACAAAUCUCAUGAAUCUGUUUUUAACUCAGCUCAAUCCUGUACAUCAAUUCAUUCCCCCUUCUUAUAAACUCUAUCCCGAACUCUACCCUUUUGAUGAGCCGGCGCUGGAUCUUUUGUACGGGUCUGUUUUUGCGGCGGGAGCUCUUUUUUCGACGGUUCAGGAAGAGAGGAAUGCUGGGAAGGAGUUUGAAGAAUGCAUGGAUUUGAAUUCGGUUAAGGCUUGUCGUGAACAACCGUCUCUACCGGUGGUUCAAGCGCUAAGUAUCAUUGCAUGGAGGGAAUUGAGUCAGGAGCAUAAUAGCUGUGCCUCUCUAUAUAUCUGUAAGAUUUCUUCUCCAAGUCUGUAUAAUCUUGCUGAAUUGUGUUCGUUAGCUAUGGCCGGUGGUCUUGCUAUGGGUCUUGGUCUCCAUGCUAUUGGUCUAGGUGCUCUUUCCAAGUCUGACACUUCCAAAAGACUUUUAGAACAAGAACAGGAGAAUCGACUCAGAACAUUUUGGUCAUUGUUCUUUAUCGAUCGAAUAGCUGCCACUAUGCUUGGCAUCAGUUGUGUAGUUCCAUGGCGUCGUGUGCAAGUACCAACUCUACACUCUCUAUUGGGCGCAGACGCCUCACAUGAUGAGCUUGCCUUCAGCUAUAAUUGUGGACUUUGGCAAUUGCACGAUCAAUUCAUGGACCAAAUAUACUCCUUUGAAUUCAAAGCCUUGGAGCUUUCCCAAAGAAGUCGCCUGCUACUCUUGGCACGAGCAGAACUUCUAGCAUUCAAACAAGCUAUGCCAUCCUGGCUGCUAGUUCCCACCUCCACAGCCGCAUCUAUACCACCACGUUCCGCUCUCUUCCUCCAAAUGUCUUACCAAAUGUCUCUUCUCAUGAUUCAUCGCCCUUAUCUCGGCGAUCCACCGGCGAGUGACUCAUUUUCACUUGCCUUCGCGACAAUAUCAUCUGCUGCAAUUCGCAUGACACAAUAUAUCCACUUAUUCCGUAAACACUAUCUAGCAGAACCCACAUGCAAACUACAAUCUUCGGACAAUGUUAAGCAGGGUAAACCUACAUCGGCACUUCCAUUCAUUGUCCAUCAUAUCCUCACAGCAUCCAUCAUGCAUCUUCUCUUCAGUACCUCACGCACACCAACUCAAAUAUCCCUCGCGCGCCGCAGACUCCAGAUUUGCAUGGAGACUCUGACGGCUCUACAGGAUGAGUGGCCGGUGGCUAGCAAAGCGCUUACGCAGAUCCAAGAGCUGGCUGUACAGUGGAAUGUCGUUGAUGCAUUGCCGCUAAAGUGGAUUUUCGUUGGCGAAGUAUCCGAGCCAAACCUAAUACCGACGCUGGCAAACUCGAUCUAUGUGCAACAAGCUAAUACAAGCAAUUCGAUGGAAAGGAAUUCAAAUACGACUCUAAACUCUACAGUCAACCUCCCAGAAAGAUUUGAUACCAAUAUAAUCCCGACUCCAGAAGUUUUCGCGGAGAAUCGCAACGGUAUCUGUGAUUCUCACACCUUUUUUCAACACACCACUGACCCAGCCCAAGAAUUGGAUCCAGAUCUCUAUACUGCCGCUUUCUCGACAGAAGAAGGAGAUGAAUCGUGGAUGGGCCAACUUGAUUUCAUGCUAAACGACGAUGCCAACUCAAGUUCCUUGUGGAGAGAUUCCUCUCAGUUUCCUAGUAUUCUUAGUCCUACUCGUGAUUUUGAUCUUGGAGGGGGUGCUUUAGAUGUUCCGGAUUUGGGGACAGAUCAUCCGGCUUAG